CAAAAUUUUAUUUGUCGGCGAAAACCCGAAAUAAUACUCGAAUCUGCAACAACAUCAUUCAACCACAGCAGCACAGUCGACAGCUCAAACCGGGACAACAAAACAGAGCAAACCUCGUCAGAUCAACGAUGCGACGCGCGAGUUUCCGACCGGUCUGGUCGCGAACUCGUCUUCCGCUGCUGAUGACGAUGUACACUGCUGCUCCUGCUGCUGCUGCCCGUCGUCCGGGCGCUGGUGUUCCUAUCCCGUCCGCGGUCUCGGCGGUUGCUGCUGUGCGGAGGAGGGGGGUUCAUACGGAUGCCGUGAACGGUGAGGAAGCUGCUGAGGAGUUCGAGAGGGAGAGGGAGCAAUUGCUGGAGGAGAAGAUGCAGUCGAAAGGCGACCAGGCGCAUGCGAAAAAGACAAGACACUUUCACUCGCAUUAUGGGAGGACUUCGUAUAUCACAAAAAUACUUUAUCAGAAAUAUUUUCCGAUUGAGAAGGAGGAGUUUGUUGCUCAUGUUCCUGCCCAUCACGUUCUUUUGGACGAGUACAUCAUCGCAAUGACUUCUCUACAAGAGACCCCCGAAAUCUUCUUCAAACCGCACGCGUUCUACACUCCCGACGAUAUAGGCACACUAGUAGGCCUCAUAGCGCCGACGGAGGACGAGUGGGAGAAAACACACCGCACGCGGCAUCCGCACAAUCUGCAGGGAAACGUGGUGCUGCCGGUUAUGGAGACGGGGAAAAAUCUCGAGGACAAGAUAUGGACGGAGAAGCUGUCGCUGCUGCAGAGUUGGAGUCCGCUGAUUCGGGAAUAUGUUGGUACGCCGCUGGGCGAGAAGGAUUUCCAGGCACGGAAGGUGAAAGUAGAGGGGUUGAUGUACGACAUGCGGAUGGCCGAGUCACCGAAAGCAGCGCUCAAGCUUCUACCUAAAGACUUUGGGCUAUGCGACGUGCGCGCUGCGCUGCUGAUACUCAUCACCUCCGAAUCCACCGAGCAGCAGUUAAACCUUGCGCAAGAGAUUAUCCGGCACUCGUGGCAGGGGGAUUGCACGAAUGGGGAAGUGGUGAAGAAUGCACAGGCUACGUUGGAGUUGUUGAUCGAGCGGAUCGGACAGGUUGCGGUUUCGAGUGAACCUUUGGCGCCUGUGCUGGAUCAGGUACUGUGUGAUUUGGUCACGGAAUUCACCAAGAAGCUAGGUCUGAAUGGAUUCGCAGAGACGGCGGUCGAGCCACUGAUCCUCGCGUUCAGUCGCGUGGGUAACUACGUGAUGGCGCUGACGCUCCUGAUGAGCGCGCGCGUCCACAGUCUAUCGCCGCAUCCCGACAUUGUGUAUAUUUUGCUGUACACGCUACGGCGCGAGCGGAUGCGCUAUUUUCUGAAGAAAAUCACCACGACCUACGCGCAGCAGUUUGCAUUCUCGUUCCUCGGCACCGCCAAGCGGGGUUUCUUCCGGCCGUACUUUCUCUCGCGCGCGGCGUCGACGUACGAUGGGUUCUCGUACUUGACUCGCAGUUCUACAAACACAACCGAGGAAGCGUUCAGUUUGAUCAGGUCGAUGAAGGGGUUGGAAGGUAAGUCUAAGCUCGUGGCUGUGAUUCCGGGAUUGAUCAAGGCGAUCCGGAAAGCUUGCUUAAAGGGCGGAGCGAAUUUGGUUUCUAGAGGGAAAGAUAGACGGGAGGUGGCGCUCGCGAUGAUGAUGGCGGCGGUGGAUAGGAUCGAUGAUGAGCAGGCGAAGGAGCAGGGGAGGGCGGAGAUUGAAAGGUUUGUGAGGCCACCGCCGAACUACAAAGGAAGGUUCCAAGAGGAAAGAAAAAAACCCUCUCAAGAAAGGAGAAAUGAACAUUCUCAAAAAGGGAGAAAGGAAAGACUUCAAGAUGGAUAAAGUCGAGAAAAGGGAAAAGAGGGAAAAGAUUCCAAACUGAAUUAACAGUUCAGUAGUAAAUAUCAAUGAAAAA